AUGUCGUCUACUCGUGCACUUACAGAGGAUCAGGCCUUCAUCACCAAGGAGGCAGAGGAGAAGGCCAAGGAGAUCAAGCUUAAGGCUGAUGAAGAGUACGAAAUUGAGAAGGCCUCGAUUGUGCGGUCUGAAAUCAACUCGAUUGACUCUCAGUACGAAGCCAAAUUCAAGAAAGCAUUCCUGGCUCAACAGAUUACCAAGUCUACAAUUGCCAACAAGACCAGACUCAAGAUUCUUGCCACCAAGGAGGAAGCUUUGGAGGCCAUUUUCAAGGACGCUGGUGAGGAACUUGCCAAGCUAUCGCAUGACGCUGCCAAAUACAAGCCUCUCUUGAAAUUGCUAAUUGAGGAAGGACUGUUUGCUCUUAUGGAGCCAGCAGUGACUGUGCGUGUGAAGAAGUCCGACGUGGCAUUGGCCAAAGAGGUCAUCCCAGAAGCUGAAAAGGACUUCGAGUCCAAAUCGAACAUUAGCGCUAAAGUGUCUCUGGACGAGUCGUCUUUCCUGAACGAGGACUCAGCAGGUGGUUGCAUCAUCAUAAACGGAACAGGAAAAAUCGAAGUGAACAACACCCUCAAGGAGAGACUUACGCUUUUGUCCAAGACCGCUCUUCCAGCCCUCAGACUCGAGCUCUUUGGAGUCUCUACCAGUAGAAAAUUCUUUGAGUGA